AAACGUCCAGCAACCACAAAACAUCUAACAACCACAAAACAUCCAGCAACCACAAAGCGUCCAGCAACCACAAAACGUCCAGCAACCACAAAACGUCCAGCAACCACAAAACGUCCAGCAACCACAAAGCGUCCAGCAACCACAAAACGUCCAGCAACCACAACAACUCCAGUUCAAACCCGGCCUCCACCAACAGUAACUAUAAAUGUUGUGAUAUUAUUUGAAUUUGUUACACAACUCGAAGACCAGCAAAGUGAAGAAUUUCAGAAAAUGGCCAAACGUAUUAUCACGUGGUGUGAGCCAGUUUACAGAAGCAAGUAUGGAUCACUUUUUGUCAGAAUCAUUGUGGUUUCAUUCAGAGGUGUUGUCAGAACCCGAAUGGCACAAAAUGUGGAAGCGGAGAUUCAGGUCGUGUUCAAUGAAACUUCUCCUCAAACUAUCCCAAGCGACACUGAGGUUGCAGAAGACCUAAAGGCAGCAGCAGCAAAUGCAACCUUCCAACAGAACCUCCCCAUUUAUCUUAACUCCAUUACUGUGACUAAACAAAUGCAAAGAAUCCCUGUGACCUUCUUGACCAAUGGCACGUAUGUGCCGGCCCUUUUAGAUUCAGCAUCCAAUGAUUUUCUAAUCAGGUCAUCAAUGAUUAAACUAUGGCUUGAACCUUUCUUCAUCACAGAUUAUAAAGCAUCAUUCAGUGUUUUAUAUUUAACCAACUACAGUUCUUAUUCCAAAAACACUGGUCUAAAAGUGAACAUCCCCACAAUCAAAAAUGGAAUGGAUCUUACUUUUCCAGCAAACACAAUUUUACCCAAUGACACACAGAUAGUGAACACUAUGCUCCGAGCCGCCUACAACGAGACAUUACCUUUUAAAAUCUUCACUUAUGAAAUUGUGGUCAAUGGCACAGCGUUCUCCUCAGGUGAAGCGAGCAGUCGGACCAGCAUGUUGACGGCUUCGCUCCUGGUCGUUUUGUCACUUCUGGUCACGCGCUUCGAUUGAUCUUCUACUACAUGUACAUAAAAACGCUGUGCCUCCCCAGGAUAUUUGUAACUCUCUAAUGCAACACCAAAGCCCCAGCUCAUAUAUACGGCAAACUGUGAAAGUAACCAAUGUCAAUAACAUCUGAGAUAAAACUCCUCCUGAGAUUCACCCGAACAACUGUACUCUCAGGCUGUUGUGUCAUAAAUAUCCAUCUUUACAACACACUACACUAACACAAAAUGAAUUCUCAGUAAGCACUUACUCCUCUUGUAUGGUAGUUAGUUAAUAAGUUAUGUAUGUGUUGUUAGAUUUCUCCUUGUAAUCGUGUAAUGGAGGUCUAGAACUGAUCCUUUCCAUGUUUAUGGACCCCUGAGGCCCAGGGAAAUCCAAUGAACCCAUGGAUUUUACUUUCUGUUCAUCUUUUUUGAGGGCAAUCCUAAUGAAGGUCCUGGACUUUCUUUUAUUUGUAUACAUGUAUGCGUCUGUCUUUGGUGUGCUGUUUAAAUCCACAUUAAGUCAUUGUGUUGAAUUUAGACAAAUACAAGUAUCUCAAAGUCUCAAAUUAAAUAUCUCUCUUGUGUUAAUUUAAUCAUAAAAAUUGUAUUUAUCCAAAUAUAUUCU